AUGCACAAUACCAAGCAAAAGUCUGGCUCGAGCCACAAAACCUCUAGCCGAAGCUGCCGAAGCUCCAAACAUGGUUCGAGCGGAUCGGUGUCGCCUUCAAGCUCCAACCAGCAACAGCAAGUGCCACGCACUAUUAUAGCUCAGUAUGUCGAGUCAGAUCGUCAUCUUCCGUCUACCCAGAACUGGCAGCAACAUUCGAAUAACGUGGGUUCGCGUGACAGUACAACGGGAAGUGCGAAUGAUAGAUACAGCGGUCAUAACGAUGACUAUAGGUCAUACGAUGUGCAACGCAGUUACCAAGUGCGCCGAGAACAUGCCAUAAAUCUUCCAGGCCCUGCCCCGCCUCCACGUCAACGAGCUACCCCGGAGGAACAACUACGUGCCUACGAUAGCAGGUUUGGAGGAUACCACUCCACCAUAAUGGCUCCAACGCAGUAUUCGUACCCUCAAGAUCUCGAUCUCGACUCCUCGGAGAUGCCGAACAACAACCCCAGACGCGAUUUCUAA